AUGCGCAGAACUCUGAGUUUAAUACUUGCAUGGCUAUGGGCCUGUGUUGAAAUUGUGUAUGCUGAUGUUCACACAUACUAUUUCAAUGCAGAAUGGAUAAGAGCAAAUCCCGAUGGAUUACAUCCAAGACCAGUCAUUUCAUUUAACGGGUCAUUUCCAUUGCCGAUAAUCGAGGCUAAUAAGGGCGAUCGAAUACAGUUAUACCUAACUAACGGACUUAAAAAUACAACAACUUCCCUUCAUUUCCAUGGCAUCUUUCAGAACCGCACCAAUAACAUGGAUGGUCCAGUUGCUGUCACACAAUGUCCAAUUCCCCCAGGAGAAACUAUGCUUUACAAUUUCACAUUGGAACAGUCUGGAACAUAUUGGUAUCAUAGUCACUCGGGUGCUCAGUACAGUGAUGGUUUACGUGGAAUGGUGGUGAUUCAUGAUCCUCAGAUAGAGUCCAAGUACAAGUUUGAUAAGGAGUUGGAUCUUUCAAUUUCGGACUGGUAUCAUGAUGAAAGUGCAAUUCUUACCGAAAAACAGCUCACCAGAUAUAACCCGACAGGUGCAGAACCAAUCCCUGAUAGCAGUUUAUUUAACGACACGAGAAAUGUCACUGUACACGUGGAGCCGGAAACAACAUACCUUAUCCAUAUAGCUAAUAUGGGUGUCAUGACUUCUCAAUAUCUGUUCAUAGAAGACCACGAUUUGGAAAUCGUUGAAGUUGAUGGUGUUUACACAGAACCAGCGAAGACAAAGGCCUUAUAUUUGGCUGUUGGUCAAAGGACUUCUGUUCUUUUAAAGACGAAGAAGCUUAACGAGGUUACGAAGAAUUUCUGCAUAGUUCAAACCUUUGACGCAGAAAUGCUUGACGUUAUUCCGAAAAAUCUUCAAUUGACAUCCAUAAAUUACUUAAGUUAUGGCAAUAGCUUUGAAAACUCUGUCCCGGACCCCACUUUUUAUGAUGUUGAUACCUACGAUGAACUUGAUGACUUCAAUCUAAAACCAAUUGUUCCAGAGCCACUUCUUCCAGAAGCUGAUCACGUAAUACAUCUAAAUUUGCACAUGGAUAAUUUGGGCGAUGGCAUCAAUUAUGCGUUUUUCAAUAAUGAGACCUACGUGUCGCCUAAGGUGCCUACACUUCUCACCGCAUUGACGGCUCCAGAAGAGCUUGUGCUAAACUCUGAAAUUUAUGGCCACAACACAAAUUCGUUCGUGUUGAAUGCUGGUGAUAUCGUUGAUAUGGUUAUUGAUAAUGAUGACUCCAACAAACAUCCACUUCAUAUGCAUGGCCACCAGUACCAACUUAUUGCCAGAUCACCAGCGUAUGAAAAGCCUCACCAUUUUGAUUAUAGAAAUGCUUCUUUCCCUGAGAAUCCUUGCAUUAGAGACACAAUCAUGUUGAAUACAUUUGGAAAUGCGGUUAUCAGGUUCAAAGCCGAUAACCCAGGAGUGUGGUUCUUUCACUGCCAUCUUGAUUUCCAUUUGGAGCAAGGUCUUGCAAUUGUGCUAGUGGAGGCACCGAACGUUCUACGAAAUCAUGUGACCUACGAUUCCUUACCCGAGGAUUACAUUAACAUAUGCAAGGUUGCCGGUGUUCCAACUAUUGGAAAUGCGGCUGGAAAUUCCAAAGACUGGCUUGAUUUAAGUGGCGAAAAUCAGCAAGCGGACGCUUUACCAAAUGGAUUCACUCUUAAAGGAUACAUUUCAAUGGCUGCAUGCGUUCUUGCGGCUCUAUUUGGAUUAUAUGAAGUUACGAUCUUUGGAUUAGAGGACGUGAGACACACAUUUGAAGAACGCGUGGAAAGUGAGAAAUCCGUUAUUAAAACGUUCAUAUUAAAGCUCACAGAGGAGUACCAGAGAUUGACAGAAACAGGUGCAAAUCCGCAAAAGUUGGAUGAUGUCAAGGCAAUGCUAAAGGAGCUUGAUGAACUGGACAGUAAGUUUUCAGAACCACAGAAUUGA